GCGACCCUGGUUUUGCCGGUUAUCAACAAACCCCUCUCUGGCGUAUUCUUCUCGGUUACGAUAAACAAAGGAAACAGAAAGGAUGAGGGACUCAGACAUCAGUCAGUCAAGUUCAUUUAGGAGAAAAAUAAAAUAUAAUUUAGUGUAUCUUCGCGCAAGUCUGCCUUUGUGAAUCAUGAAGUGAAAGGAAUAAUAUAACAAUGAUACCGUAGCAGCACAAUGUAAUACAUGAUACCUUAACAACACCUCUUGUAAUAGAGAACCCGAGAGAAGUUAGAGAGUGAUUCCUUAUCCCUCUCCUUCACCAGAAAUGACGCUACAUGAUUGCAAAAUGAGAGACGCCCAGCGAGCAUGUUUUGCCUCCCCCCAGAACAUAUAAAAGCUUUUCCCAAGAGCAAACGGAAAUCUGUAUCUGGGCGGAAGCAUUUGCACUUAGUGUCCACAACCUAAGCGUCUGGAAUUCGGUUCGGAUAUUAUAAGUUAUUGACUGCUGCAGGAAGUUUAUGCGAGUUAUAAGUUUGCGUUCUCAUUCUCGCUAGCGAAGCGAGUGCAGGCAGAACCGAUUGGAAAGGAUUAAUGAAAAAUUGUGGUUUGUGUGGUGUGAAAACGGAUUCCCUGUGAUUUCUCGUGAGUGAAACCAGAUGUGAUUGGUCCGAAUACAGGAUUUGAGAAUGAGAAAAAUUGAAUCGAAUUUUUGGUGAUUGCAAUGCUCAUUGUUGACAUUGAAUGUGGGUUUUCUUGCUACGAUCGACUGGAAUGAACGAGAUGUUCAUUUUAGUAGUGAAACAAAAGGAUUGUUGAAUACUAAACGUAAUAACUUAAAGUAAACACACAAUUGGAUAGCAUAUUCUCCUGGCGACUGAAUAAUACAAUUUCACCGAUACAAAACAUUGAAAAGACAAAAAAUCGUAAUGCAUUCCCGUAUAUUGAUGCUGUUUUGGCGGAAGAAACUGCUCCUGCUUGCCACCUCGCUUCUUUUUCUAGUGGCUCUAUGGUUCUGGGGGUUUCUGUACACAACGCACAUUACGGACGGGGGGAAGAUUGUUUCCGUGCGAGAGCUAAUGAUGGGUGGCAGUGGCAGCGGAAAUCACCACGAGAGCUUACUGCAAAAACUAGGAUUGUAUGACGAGGGCUCGGCAGAUGAUGGCCAGUUUCCUAACGCAGCCGGAGUGAAGUUUGUCAAGCCGACAGGGAGCUUUUCGUUGCGAAAUAAAGGAAGAUUCUUCAACGAAUGGGAAUCCAUCAUGCAGGACCGUGACGAAAAGCAACACAGUUCGAAGCAGGAAGCCGUGAAGCGCAAAUCGUCCGAGGAACUACGAAUCGCAGCCGAGAAACAGAAUCACUACGAACACGAGCUGAAAAAAAUGGGCGUCCCGAUUAUUGCUGGCCUUGGACCAGGCGGUCAUCCACCACCAUUGCAUCGAUUGGUCCAUUUAGAUCUGAAAGGAGCUCCACCAAAAAUAUCCUAUCUCAAGAGACUAAUGCCGAUUAUAAAAACACUGGGGGCCACCGAUAUUCUUCUCGAAUAUGAAGAUAUGUUCCCAUUUAGCGGAGCAUUAUCUGCGAUCGCUGCGAAAAAUGCUUACAAUAAAGACGAAAUAUUGGAAAUUUUGAAAACGGCUUUCGCUCUGGGCUUGAACGUUAUCCCGUUAGUUCAAACCUUUGGCCAUUUGGAGUUCGUUCUUAAGUUGCAGGAAUUCCAACAUCUUCGAGAAGUGGAUGAUUCUCCGCAAGCACUUUGUCCCAGUCAAAAUUCUUCUUUGUUAUUCCUUGAGGAGCUCCUCGAUCAGGUGAUUGAGUAUCAUAUUCCAUCCCAAAACGCCAAUCUACUCCACAAAGACGAUAUAGAUAAGCUAACGCCAAAGUUAACACAUAUUCAUAUAGGUUGUGAUGAAGUGUACCAGAUAGCUCGCUGCAGUCGUUGUAAGAAUCACCUCAGGGAUAAACUUUUUCUUGAUCAUGUUUAUAAUGUGGCCUCUAUGAUCCACAAGAAAUGGCCACAUCUCAAAAUUAUAAUCUGGGACGAUAUGCUUCGGCAUAUGUCGCUAGAGACUCUGCAAUCUUCAGGGAUUGGAAAACUUGUCGAACCUAUGAUCUGGGUUUACGCCGAGGAUAUCUACAAGUUCAUGCAGUCCUCCACGUGGGAUAAAUAUUCUACCGUUUUCAACACGGCUUGGGCUGCAUCCGCUUUUAAAGGGGCACACGGUGAGACAUUGAUGCUUCCUCCCAUCAGACGGCACUUGGAGAAUACUCUUCGCUGGCUGGCAGUUAUGCAAGGAGAAGGAACACGGUUCAGUCAAGGACUGCAGGGAUUAGCACUAACCGGGUGGCAACGGUAUGACCAUUUUGCCGUUCUCUGUGAACUGUUGCCCAGCUCGCUUCCAUCGCUAGCCAUUUGCCUCUCGACUGCUUCCCGAGGGUACUUCGAUGUCAACCCCAAAACCAAUCCUAUUCUGAGCAGUCUCACCUGUCCGGAGCCUACAAGUGAUCGACACACGUGGAUCGAACUGCACAAAGAUUCAAUGCUAUCAACAUUCUCGCGCUGCAUGUUUCCAGGAAGUACAAUAUAUCGCUUCGUCCUUCGAUUGAUGACACUGAUGGCAGAGGCUAAGGAGUACAUAGACGAUGUGAAACAAAAGCGGGGAUGGCUGACCGAGUACAACAUACGGCAUAAUUUUACCUCGGGCACACGUGUAGAUGACAUCCUCGGGGACGAUUAUCGAUUACUGAAUUCGAUCACUAACCUAGCGCGGAACGCGGCAUCUACGUUAGCUGACGUUUACGAUCAUUGGACCUCUGGCGAAUUUAUUGAGCAACGCAUAUAUCCGAUACUGGCUGAACUCAAAAACCUUGAGCGAAUCGGCGAAGGACUCAAGAAGCGGAAAACUUGGCCACAGCGGCCGCUGUCUUACCUGAAGCCAUUCGAAGCGCUGGGAAUCGAUGAGAAAACCUAGCUAGAAAAGUACGUUAAAAUUCCACUGAGGCAUUGAUGCGUCCGGAGUUUUAGCAAGUGUCAAAAGGUUUUCCCAUUUUACUCAUUCAUUAAGGAAUAUUUUCAUCACAAACUAUACAUCGCUAACCAGGAGUGAAUCGAAAAACAUUUUAGAGUGUGUUAGUGACCAAACCAAAAAAACAAUCAGUUGUAGAUGAAUUCACUUUCGAAAAACUUUAGCUGCCAAGUUGUGAUGUGAUAUUAUGUUGAGGAGAGGCACAUACUGGGAAACUCUUAUCAUCACAAUACCACCACACAUUCCAUUGAAAAAGGCCGAGUCCAAUCCCACUUUGUUAGCAAAACGUUUCGGUAAAACAAGACUGAAAAUCUAAAACAAAUUUAGUGAAUGUUGUAGAACUAUCCUCGAUAUACCAGAAAAUAUAACAUUGAAGAAA